AUGGCCGCAGCACUGCACUCGCUGAUUAACUCGGAGACCAAGAUCAAAGUGAGCUCGACGCUUGACAAGUCAGUGGGGAAGAAGAACCUCACAGAUGGCAGCCCAGAGACAUGCUGGACAUCCCAGCAGGGAACACCGCAGUACAUCCAGCUCUCCUUCCCUGCACCUAUAGCCUUAAGGCAUGCAGAACUCACCUUCCAGGGCGGAUUCGUCGGGACAAAGUGCUCCGUGGAGGCUCUUCGAGCGGGCGAAGAGCGCAAGUGGGAGGUGCUGACGCGCAUAUAUCCGGAGGAUGUGAACCGCAAGCAGAGCUUCGAACUUCUACCGCUCGAUGCUUCUGGAGAGGAUUGGGCGGUGAUCGGGCUGAAGUUUGUUUUUGAGGAGAGCUCGGAUUUCUUCGGUAGAGUGACCAUGUACGACUUGCAGCUUAUGGGUAUACAAGAGAACUAG